UUCACAUUCUGUGCCAUCGCAUAUUUUCACAUUUAUUCAGGUCCCCACCCAAACCUGAGCCAGAUGCGUCGGAAAACAUCCAACAGUAUGAUAAAACUGUCCGAUGGCGAAUCCGCCGGUUCUUCGAAAAGCGAAACAGUAUUGAUCUGCUCAAACUGUCAACACAAAAUGUUAUUACUUAUGUUAAAAAGCCUCAAGUUACACCAACGCAAUCAGCAAACACAACAACAAUCACCUCCAAAGAACCUCAGCAAACAAGCGGUGAUAGAAAUGAGAAUGUACCGCCAACUGGUACAGAUGUAGUAGUUACUGGCGGAUCGUCGACUGCUGGAGAAUCCCAAAUAGAACCCGGAGAAUAUGAGAACCUACCCUUCCAUGGUAUGCAGACUCCUCCUAAGAAGGCUAUGCUAGCAAAGAAUAGUCUCGCUCCGGCAGUGAAGUGUCCUAACAAGUCGCUGACACCCUCAUGUUUCCCAACUCAUCCGUACAACUACAUCAACUAUCAGCAACGAGACAGCAAUAGCAAACCAACCCCAAGCCUUUCAUCCUACAACACAAGCCAAUCGACUGUGCUAACUAACCAAAGCAAUAUGUCCUCGCUGUCCAACAGUCAGGACUCGUCAAGCAACACUAACAACUCCUAUCUCAGUAAGACCGUUGAUCGGAAGAAACCAAACCAACACCAGCAGCUGCUGGACAACAGCGAUACUCUUUCGACCCACAGUUUCUCUUCGGGGAAAUCGCUCAAACGGCCGCCAGGUCCGGCUGGAACCUGUGGUGAAAACAAAAAGCUUAUCGACCUUGAAACGGUCACCCCGCUGUACGAGAACCUAACCGACUCGAUCCAGAUCCACGAAUCGCCGAUGGGAAGCGCCGGGUGUGGCAUCGGAGCCAAAUUUGCAAUCGACGGCCAGGAACGGUACAAAAUUAGUUUGCGAAAGCCGCGGAAAUCGAACAGUCGGUCGAACAGUGCCGUGUCCAACAGCUACUACGACUGCAUUAAACCCAUCCCGGCGCCACGACACCGGAAGUAUGCGUCCACCAAUUCGCUGCUUUCGAAGAAUAUCCAAAUGUACAGCAAUAAGCUCGAUCCGAUCUACAUGAACCUGCCGGUCAGCUCCGGCUACGAGACGGAUCCCCGAUCGAACGAUGAGUUCAACGGUGCCGAGUGCCCCACAUCAUAUGACAACCAAUACUUUGAGAUCACACAACACCAGACACGAAUCCUGAUACCGAAAGAGCUCUUCCCCGUAGAUAGAAGCAACCAAGUCAAGAUUAAUCAAUUACUGAAAAAGAACCUAGUUUCCUCGAAUCGACGUCACAUUAAACUGCCUUUACAAAAACAUCAUAGCUUUAAUUUCCAAUCCUCCCAAACCGUGGAAGCGACCGUGCGCGAUCUCAAGAUCAAGUCACACUCGAUCAGUUCAAAAACCCUGCGAGACUAUCGAAACAGCAGCAAUAUCAGCAGCAGCGGCAACAACAACAACAACCACGUCAACAGCAGCAGCAGCAGCAACAAUAUCUGCGGCAGCGCCCACAGCAACAACAACAUCAUCAAUAGUAGCAAUUUUAUCAGUAGCAAUAGCAAUAGCAAGUUCCCCAUUAACAGUUCCACCAAUCCGUUCAUCAACAGUAGCAACACACUGGCAACCCUGACCAGCAGCAGUAGCAGUCGUCGAUCGCUCGCGGUGGCCCGUCAGCAUACCACCCUGGCGACGGCCACACUUGCCACGGUUCGACAGCACCCGACCAGCAGUCAAUCGCAGAGCGAGGAUGAAAGCAGCAGCGAUCAGGAGCCGAUCAAACCGCCGCCACCACCCCACUCUAUCAUCACCAGCAGAGCAAACCCAAGCACUUGCACCACAGUUCCCUUGUAGUAGGAGGCGGAGGAGUAGGCAUGAUCACAUCGACGGCGGCCGCGGGGCCAAUCACAUCACAAGUCUACAAGUAUGAUACUAACUCGAUAGCCUUCAAACCUAUCACUCCUGUGCCAACGAGUACUCCAGCAAUAACUAACUCUAAAUCAACGGUUAAUAAUAUGUGUAAAGAUAAAUUUGCUAUUAAAUAAUAAAACUAAUUACAAAAAAAAAC